UAUGUUUUAAAUUAAUUUAUUACAUCUGCUUAUCACGUUUUAUCUUAAUACAAUCUUUUGGGAUAUUAAAAAAUUGUUAGUGCGUUAUACACAUCCGCAACAAAUCGCAUGCAAGUCGAUUCCAAAAUGGUGUCGUUUGUUGUGCUUUCAAGGAAUUUUGUGUGAAAUAACAAUACAGAUGUACUCGUCCCUCUAAUUGAUUAAAAAACCAACUAGAUUGUUGGUAACAUGGAAGAGAAAGAAAGCAUUCCUGAAAACUCUAUGGAGGCUGUGAGUGAAGCAUCUGGGGACAAAGUCUCAGCAGAAGAUGAGACACAUCCCAAAAAGCUCGAAGAACCGCAAGAAAGUGAUAACAAAGACGCUGAUACCAAUAACAGUGACAAAGCAGAAAUUAGUGAUGUAGGCAAAGCUACUGAUAGUAAUGGUGAUUCUGUGAAUGAUCCAGUUAGUGAUAAGGAUGGGGAUAGUGAGCUCCAGAACCAUGUACAACAUGAGAGUGAAAGUGUUAGUGAUAGUGAUAAGGUGACUAAUGCAGAUAAUACUGACGAACCUGCUGCAGAGGCAGCAGAAGAAGAGACAACUAAGGAUGAAAUUAAACCAGAAGAAGCAGAAAGUGCAGAAACAAUAGAUGACCUGCCACACAAAAUAGAAACUCCAGAAGAAUCAAACAGCCAAGAAUCAGCUAGUCAAGACUCUACUCAAGAGCUACAAGAAGCUAGCCAAGAUGCAGAAACUACUAGCCAGACUCAAGAUGUAGAUGAAAAACCAAGUGAUAAUCAAGAGACAACCCAUGGGGAAAGAAAAGAACAUCUUGUUGGUAAACCUGAGUUUGAAACAGCACCAAAUGUUCAGGAUGAGCCUCAGGAAGAUCAUACGCAGGCAUUGGACCCUUUUGACGCCCUUCUAAAGGACAAAAGUGAUAGCACUACAGAAACAUCAACCGCUAAACCAAGUGGGGAAGUUAACUUGGAUGAUGAUGAUGACCACAAUGCAGACAGUUCUGCGGCCCAUGAUGAUGAUCAUACUGAAGAAACCCCCUUAGAUGACAGCGGAAGUGUUACUGAAUUGGCAGAGGAACCUGGGGCAGAUGAGGAAAUUAUGCUGUUACCUGACACUGAGCGGGAGAUCUCAGAAGCUGACAAGGCUGAAGCAGAAAAAGUGCUGGCCGAGAAGAGAAAACAAGCGGAAGCUGCCGAGGCAGAGACAGUGCCCAAGACGGAGCAUGACACGGAAAACGACGCGGAUGAAGAUGCGGAGGCACCCUCGGAAUCUGCGAGCGACGCCCCUGCGGUUGCUGACGCUGUCGCCGACGACCACGUCGGCGAUAAAGAGACUGAAAACGAACCUGAGGAGACGACCGAAGCCGACGAGGAAAACUUAGUUCCCAACGACAUUCAGGACAUUCAGGAAAUUAGUCAAUUUGAUGGCACCUGCGUGCAGUGCGCGGAAAUUAAACCUUGCACCUACCGGUAUGUCGACAAAGAGGGCGACUACAAGUACAUCUGCACUGAGACCUGUCUCACCGCCUUCCAGGAGGAACACCCUGGCCAGUACAAUGUCUGCUCCAAGAAGUACACUGUGGAGGAAAUAACGCCCAAGACCCUCACCUGCUCAGAAUGCGAAGAAAGUAAACUCUGCUACUUCUAUUACAACUAUGAUGGCGAAGACACGAAUUACUGCUCUCUUACCUGUUUACACAGUAUGAUGGCAGACGAAAAGGAGAAAUAUGUUAUCAAACGCCGACGGAUGGCCAUCGAUGAAGUAACUCCAUCGGAAGCAGAAUGUCUAGUCUGUAAAGAAACCAAACCCUGCUCUUACGCUUUCAAACUGUACGGCGAGCCCGUUGCUGUCUGCGAACAAACCUGCAUCAAGGAAUUGAAUAGUAGAGAAAAUGGCCGUUUCCACAUUAAAAAGAAGCGUGUCACCCGCAAGGCUGCUGCGCAAGCGGCAAGUGCGUCAAAACCUCCUCUCCUGAAAUUAAAAGUGAUAAGCAAUGCCACAGACAAAUAUUUAGAUGAGGCAUACAAACUACAGCCCAAAACACCGGCUAUGGUGCAGGCAGCCAGAGAAGAGAGAGAAAGGACCUUCAUCAGGAAAUGCUUUCAGUGCAAUUUACAACUAGAUUUAGAAAAUGAUAAAACUUUAACGUGGGAAACCAUGGACUUCUGCAAUGAGGUGUGUCUGGGAAGGUAUCAGAACAAGAUAGGGGCGCGUUGCGCAAACUGCAAAAACACAGUCACCCACACUAGUUUAGGAAAAUACUGCGUAAGGUUCGGGUAUGAUAUCCGACAGUUCUGCAACUCUGGAUGCUUGGAAGAGUUCAAGAAGGGGCUGAAGAUAUGUUGCUACUGUCAAAGAGAUAUAUCGGUCGGUCACCAAGGAUUCCUAGCCCCAGUAGGAGAUAAGGGCCAGUUCAAGGACUUUUGUACUCAGAUAUGUAUGGAGAAGUUUGAUCAGAUGAGCAAGAGCCCGCUCCCGCAGCCCGUGUGGGCGAAGUGCGCCGUCUGCUCUCUGGAGAAAGGAACAACAAUAGAGGUUGAAGUUAGUGAAAAUAUUGUACAAAGGCUGUGCUCCGAUCCAUGUUUUGCUGCUUUCAAAUUCGUUAAUAACAUAUUCCCAGAUCAAUGCCGAUGGUGCAAGAAAUACUUCGAGCGCAAAUCCUCAAACUGUUUCACCAUUUACGAGACUCAAAAUCCCGACUGUUUCUGCUCCAAGUCGUGCAUGAACGUAUACAUUAGCAACUCGCGGCACAUCGUGCCCUGCAACUGGUGCAAAGUGAAGAAGUACAACUUUGACAUGAUUCGGCGGGUGCAGAGUUCGGGCCAGGUCGUCAUGAUGUGCUCGCUCAACUGUUUGAAUCUCUAUCAGGUCUCCGUGAACGCAGUGUCGUCAAGAAGAAUAAAAUGUGAUAUGUGCAAGCGAACGUCUCUGGCACAGUACCACUUAACGAUGUCAGAUGCAACAGUUAGGAACUUUUGCACGUAUCAGUGCGUUAUGGCAUUCCAGGGUCAAUACUCAAAACAUGCGCCGCCUCUAGUACCGGGAGAAUCGAUCGACCAACAGAAGGCCGUGCCCACGGGCGUCCCGAGGCGGACGUACUCCGGCACGGGCCACAAGAAUAACGGUAAAACCGUAGCGAAGACGCAGACGCGGUCGACGGGGCUGCCGGUGAUCUCGAACGUGCAGUCGCUGGCGGCGCCGCCGCCGCUGCUGCCGGCCAUGACGUCCAUGACGCGCGCCAAGGCCAAGCGGCUGCAGGGGCAGGCGCAGGCGCAGGCGCAGGCGCACGCGCACGCGCACGCGCAGGCGCCCGCGCCGCCGCCCGAGCCCGCGCCGCCCGCCGCGCCCGCCGCGCCGCCGCCGCCGCCGCGCCCGCCCACGCCGCCGCCGCCGCCGCCGCCCAAGAUCUACAACCACGUCAUCGUCAAGACGCUGCCUCCUCGCGAGGUGGCCAACAAGGCCACCAUGUCCAAGCCGAUGAUGAUCUCCAAGGGAGUCUCUUGCCGUCCGCACCCCUGCACUAAAGAGUGCCAGACCGACCCGAGCCUCGAGCGGCGCGUGCUCAUCCCGGUCCCGGUCCCCAUAUACGUCCCGGUCCCGUGCGCGAUGUGGUCGCUGCCGUUCCCGGUUCCGGUCCCUAUACCCAUCCCGAUCCCGACCCCCGUGUUCAUCCCGACGACGCGGAACUCGGCGAAGGGCAUCAUGAAGGAGAUCAACAAGAUCCACGACAAGAUGCCGACGGACCCGUUCGAGGCGGAGCUGCUGAUGAUGGCCGAGAUGGUCGCCGGGGAUAAGAAGAAGGAUCAGAGCGACUCCGAUACUGAUGAUGAUAAUGCUGAGGAAGGCUUUAGCCCGGUGGCGGGAAUGGAUGGCAACAACGCAUUCGGCGAGGACAUGCUGCAGAUGGCUCUGAAAAUGGCCACCGAGUACGAGGAUCAGCCCGUCGACCUCGAGUCUGCCAUGACGGCCAACACAAUCACGCCGAGCUCGCACCCUGGCAUGCCCGGUCUGGAGGGCGAGCCGAUGCACCACCACCACAUGAUGGUGCUGGAGCAGCAGCGCGCGGUGGCGGCGCUGCGCGCGUCGGCGGCGCCCCGCAAGCGCGCCGCGGCGCUGCCCGCGCCCGCGCCCGCGCCCGCCGCCGCGCGCCCGCCCACGCGCGCCAGCAAGCGGCGCCGCGCCGAGCCGCAGCCGCCGCCGCCCGAGCCGCCGCGCGAGCCCGCCGAGAAACCCGACGCCAACAUGUGUCUCAAGUACACAUUCGGCGUGAACGCUUGGAAACAAUGGGUGAUGACAAAGAAUGCCGAAAUCGAGAAGAGUUCCAUACGACGGAAGCCGUUCAAAUCGGAGAUCCUGCAGCUAACCGCCGACGAGCUCAACUACUCGCUGUGUCUGUUCGUCAAGGAGGUGCGGAAACCGAACGGCAGCGAGUACGCCCCAGACACUAUUUAUUAUUUGGUUCUAGGUAUACAGCAAUAUCUAUUUGAAAAUGGUAGGAUAGACAACAUAUUUACGGACCCGUACUAUGAAAAGUUCACGGACUGUUUGGACGAAGUUGCCAAGAAAUUCUCAGUCUUAUAUAAUGACUCCCAGUACAUAGUAACGCGAGUGGAGGAGGAGCACCUAUGGGAAAGCAAGCAGUUGGGAGCACAUUCCCCGCAUGUCCUACUGUCCACGUUAAUGUUUUUCAACACUAAACAUUUCAACCUUGUUACGGUUGAAGAGCAUAUGCAGCUGUCAUUCUCACACAUUAUGAAGCAUUGGAAGCGAAACCCCAACCAGCCAGGGCAGGCCAAAAUACCUGGCUCUAGGAAUGUUUUACUGCGAUUUUAUCCUCCUCAAUCGGCGCUUGAAGCGAAUUCCAGAAAAAAGAAAGUAUAUGAGCAGCAAGAGAAUGAAGAAAAUCCUCUACGUUGUCCCGUCAAACUUUAUGAAUUUUAUAUAUCCAAAUGCCCGGAGUCGGUGCGCACCCGCAACGACGUGUUCUACCUGCAGCCGGAGCGCUCGUGCGUGCCCGACUCGCCCGUGUGGUACUCCACGCAGCCGCUCAGCCGCGCCGCGCUCGCCAAGAUGCUGCACCGCGUCAAGAUGGUCAAGGAGAUCAACAUUGCGCUGCUCACUAGCUAAAAUUCCUCAAGCCACGGUUGUCGCCGACAUCUUGACUCGCAAUGCAACUUCCUGCGUUCGGUUUCGAUCCUUUUGUUUACUACGUACCAAGUCAAGCCUGCAAAACUGUCUCCCAAAUGUUGUAAAGAUGGUAAUUUUAAGCACAAUGUAUAUUUUUUUACUUUGUAUAUCAGCCUGCUGAAAGGACGAUUAAUUUUAAAUAAAGAAAGAUUUAUUAAUAAAAACUUUUUUUUACAAUGUUGCAAUGUGUAGCUGUAAGUUCUGUGCGGUCUGUACAGUUUCAUUGGUACUAGGAUAAUUACGAAAUCAACUGUAUUCUAGUUGGCAGGUAUAAUUCGAAUAUCAGUAUGGACUUUAAAUUUAAUCAUAAAUUUGUAUAUAAGUACGCCAAGCGAAAACAUGACGUUGUUUUCAGAGACCCGAGAAAUGUAAAAGAUUCGAUGUGCAUUUUCGUGAAUGGCGGAACACUUUCCUCAGUGCCAGGAAUAAAUUUCUUUAUACUUUAUAUCCAUGUGUAAUAUGAAAUAUUUAAUAAUAAAUUAGACUGUAGAAUUAAGGUGAAAUUCCAAUUUUUGUGGCAGGAAAUCUUAUUUGACUAGCAUUAUUUUUUUUAACGAUUGAUAUGUAAUAUUGUCACAGAUAGAAAUUUUUAUUAUAGUAAUAUAGCUUGUGAAAGAGUCAGAUUCGUAUUAAAUAUAAUAGCGUUGACCGUAAGUCUAGGUUACAGCUGUGUAAAAAAGAAUACAGAUUCUCGUAAAAAAAA